AGUAGUGUAAAUAUGUCUAUUCAAUCAACACAUAGAUGCCAGAGGGGGGUUUGUUUCAGUGCAAAAUGCACUGAGGGGACAAUAGAGAAGUAAAAACCAAAAAUUUUUGAGGGGAAAUGUGGAAAAUCUGAACAUACGAAAGGAGAAACAAUAUUUCCCCACAUUUCCAUCUAAUUCGACGUAUGCGCAUAUAUACAAGAUUCAACAUUUCCCCAUCAUUACAUCGAAUGCGCACACAUGCACACAUUUUUUUUCUCCUCCACAACAAAUUUCCCCACGCACAUGUGAUAAUUGUCACGCAAUGCUUGCUCUCCCUUUUUAAUACAUUGCAUGAAUGUUGAAAUUGAUCAAGUAUUCUUUUCAAUAUUCAUGUCAAUAAAUUUCAAUCAAGUGUCACACGUACGAAGCAGACAAAUGUUGGACAUCUCAGUUAAUAUGGUAAGAACGAGAUCAAUGUCAGCAGAAGAGGAUUCGUUGUCACUCACAAAUUCCAUCUCAUCGAGGUCGUCACGAGAAACCUCGAGGCCAAGAAAUUGUUUCAAGCAAAUCUUCCAACGCUCGAGCACGAAUAAACGACCAUUGUCUUUAUCAAUCGGACCAACUGAAACCAGUGAAAUACUACCCAUGGAAAACCAACCACCACCACAACCACCAACACCACCACCAAUGGAAAUACAACUACCACCCAGAACCCGAAUUAUAAGCAGAGUGUUUCGAUGGAUCGGAUUUAUCUGCGCGAAAAUUCCAAUCGCAUUUGGAAUGUUAGGUGGCUGUUACGCGCUGUAUCAAAUCUAUGAAACGAUUGGAGAAAGCCAAAUGGAGAAAUUGGAGUGCAAGAUUCAAUGCAUUCCCAGCAUAGAAAGCAGUCAUUGGCAUCGUCACAAUAAUAGACUUCACGAGCGUUGGGUGUUGGAGAAAUGUGGCACCAUAAGAAUUGUUCUUGAAUAUUUGAAUGGCAUUUUCGCCAACAAGCUUUUUCGUGACAACCGAAAUCAAUUUGACAAAUUUCAGCAUGUCUCGCUUGUUUCGAUGUGUUUAAAUAUUUCGGUGAAUUUAAAUUGAUUCGCUGAUCAGGUUGUCCAGCAUCAUGAAUUCGAUAAGGUUUUUGUUGUUGUUGUUCAACAGGAACAGGAGUUAAAUAAGAUGUGAUAAGGUUUGCACCCACUAGAGCCAUCAUGACACCUAUUAAUUGAAUACUCGCAUUAAUUCCAUUUUUCACAAGUCUCACUAUCAUAUUCUUAUUCCGUUGAACGUGUGUUGGCAUUAGAUCAUUAAUAUUCAUUAUAUCUUGAAAAAAAUCGUUUACGCGAUGUAGAUCUUCCGGGUCGAUAUUGAUAGAUAUAAAUGCUUCAUUUUGAAAUAUUUGAAGCGCAAAUAUAACCGCGAAUAAACAGAAUAUUAUCACUGACACUUUCAUUUUAAUUUCUAUAUUGUCUGAAUUUACAAAAAAGAGACGUUUGAUUCGACUCAACUCUAAACUUGAAUUAAAAAUAAUACACAAUUCUCAACAAAUCAGAUGCAAUUUUUCUGUUUAAAAAAUUAAACUCGAACACAUCUGUUGUGAUAUUGCUUCUGUUCUGUUUUCAGAGUCUUGAUAUUUAUCGCUCUUCGGUAAUCUUUAGAGCAACGCUCUUGCUCUCUACAAUUCUCGAUAGAAAUGUAUUUUUUCCAAUCCAUUUUAUCAUCGCGCUUCUCUCCACCUCUCUCUCUCUUUCUCUAUCUCUCUCUCUCUCUCUCGCUUUGUUUCAUUAUCAGAUCAGAAUGCUUUACUUCGAAUAAGACCGAAUUGAGCAAAGAAAUGAUUGUUUUGUGAGCUCUGUGCAACUGUGCAUCGACAAUUGUCUAGUCCAUGGACCGUAGCCCAUAUAAUACACAUUUGGACGUCGCGUUCGGAACAAUCAAAUCACAUUUGAAGCGUCAAUUUCUUUGCUCACACACAUGGGCAACUUAUGGUACUUCUUUCAUGUUUCAUGCAAAUUGCAGAUUUUUCUGCAACUCCAUUCACUUGGAGUUUUUUAUAAAAUAGAAGUGAGUCUAGCAAACUUGCCAGGUAAUGACAAACACGAAGGCGAAUGAAAUGUUCUGUCCACAGAAUAUGACUAAUGUUAAAAAAAAACGAUUGUAUGAUGCAGCACAAACUUAAGCAUUGGUCAAUAUUUUACAAGUAUCAUUAAUAUACUCACUUGCUUCGGAAGUGAAUUAUGAUUGUUUUUUAUUCAGAGUGUUGAUAUGAUAUGGAUAUGAUUCUCACCUAUUGCUUCGCUUAACACGAAUAACAAGAAUAAUAACGCUGACACUUUCAUUUUGAUUUAUUUAUUAGAUGAAUUUACGAAAAAAAAAGAGAUGUCUGAUUCCACUCAGCUAUAAACUUGAAUUAAAAACAAUGCACAAAUCUCACCAUUCAGAUGCAAUUUUUUAUAUAAUCGAAAAAAAAUUGGAAUUUCAACACAAGUGUUUUGAUAUUUCUCUAUAAAGGUCAGAUUCAGAGUCUUGAUAUUUAUCGCAUAUGUUCAUUAUUAGAAUAUGUAAAGCGUAUAUAUGGCUUAUAGUUUUAUUCGGUGGCUUUAUGGCAUUUUGACAAUUUACCUCGUAUAGCACAAAACCUUUGCACGCCACCGGUUUUAUUUCCAAAGAAUCAAAUAUAUUGAUGCUCACUUGGCAUGUACUAUGAAAUUUGACUAUUCAGAAAUGUUCGAGUUAAUGUACUCAUUUCACAUGACAUGUGAAAAUAUUCCCACGCAUUCAUUUUUUGAUAUCCUCACGCAAUUUCAACGAAUCUAUCGCGAGUUUUCGCUUUACCUGGAAAAUUUAAAACCGAUUCUUUCAUUGUCUUGCAAUUUGAGGUUCGAUUUCAU